UUUAUCUACUGAUCUCUCUUCAAGAUCAACAGCAUCCUGUUAAUAACAAAUGGAGGCGGCCUCAACAACCAAGUUGUUCAUGAUCCUAGCCAUACAUGGCCUUGCUCUUUUGGGGCCGUUUUAUUUCAACUGGUCUGCGUUUUGGCUGGCUGUUGCUCUCUAUUUCGUUACAGGAGUGGGUAUAACUCUGUCUUUCCAUAGAAACCUCGCUCACCGCAGCUUCGAGCUUCCAAGAUGGCUCGAGUACUCUUUUGCCUACUGUGCUGUCCUUUCUUUCCAGGGAAGUCCAAUUGAAUGGGUGAGCACGCAUAGACUCCAUCAUCAGUAUACCGACACAUGCAAUGAUCCGCACACUCCCAUUAAGGGAUUUUGGUACAGUCAUAUUGGCUGGAUUGUUGACUAUCAUUCUCGAUUUAGAAGACCGGACGCACGAAAAUUCAAGAAUGUCGGAGACUUGAAGAACCAGUGGUAUUAUAGGUUUCUUCACUAUACGUAUCCUUUCCAUUCUAUUGCUCUUGGAAGUCUGCUAUAUACUGCAGGAGGGCUACCAUUCGUGGUUUGGGGAAUGGGUGUGAGAACUGUAAUUUUUCUCCACGUUACUUUUUCUAUAAACUCGAUCUGCCAUAUAUGGGGAAAGCGAGUAUGGAAUACUGGUGAUUCAUCGAAAAACAACUGGUUGUUAGGGUUGCUAGCACACGGAGAAGGUUGGCACAACAAUCAUCAUGCUUUUGAAUACUCAGCUCGACAAGGCUUGGAAUGGUGGGAGAUUGACACUACUUGGUAUAUAGUUAGCUUCCUCGAAGCCAUUGGGUUGGCGACGGAUGUAAAGCUCCCUACCGAAACUGAUAAGAAACAGAAGGCUUUCCCAACCGAAGCUCAUAAGAUACUAAAAAGAAAAGCUUUCUUUACUAUCGACUAAUAUAUCAGGCUCAGGAUCAAAGCUCAGACUUAUAGACGUUUAAGCAAUUAUGUAAGAAACGUACCGUGUAAUGAAUAAAUCUAUUUAAUUUAUACAUAAAUUGU